AUUCCGAGCCCCCCUCUGAGCCACUGGGCUUUGCCGCAAUUCAGGAGGCAUCUGCAUACAAAUGGUGAUUGAUAAGGAGACUUGGAUAAUUUGUUUCCAUCCGAAGUGGGACUUUUUCUGGUGGGGGGAAGGGUGCUGUGAAUAGUUGCGCUGGAAAAACAGGGGGCAAACCUGAACAGUUUGGGGCAAACAGAAAUGAGAGAGUGGAGGGAUUUAUUUACCCAGGGAAAGAGUGUUGAAGAAAAGAAGAAAGGAGCCCAUUAGUAGGUCUUGAGAAAGACCAACAGUAGAGGAGUUGCCCGAGAAAGAGAAACUCACACCGGAUCCUGGGGGAGGUGAGCCGGGAUACUGGAGUGUCAGCCUGGGGCAUUUUCCUCAGGGAGUCACCUGGGACGCCCCCAAGACCCCAGGAGCUGGGAAUGCUUUGGGUGAUAAGGCCCACGAGGUGGCCUUUAACAGGAGCGGCCGGGAAAUCACUGGUGAUUUACUGACCAACAUUUCUUGGGUUUGGUGGAGUUGGAAGCCAAAUGAAAGUAACAGGAGUGAGUGGGAGGUGAGGCCCCAGCCACAGCCCGUGCAAAUAACCCGUUUCCAAAGUGGCCUUGGAGGGGAAGCAAAAGAUAGGACUGUCCUGGAGGUGGAGUCAAAGAAGUUUCCUUUCUUUUUGAAAGCAAGAAACCAGAAUGCGUUUAGUGCUUAAGGGAAGGAACCAGCCACAGGAGAGGGAAGAAAAAGUAGAAUGCGUAAUUACCCCCUCUCCAGGGGACAGCGUGGAGCAAAGUUCCUGAGCCGCCAGAGCUGAGGAAUUACCUUUACACCUGAGCAGCAACCUGAAGGCCUCCCGCGUGGAGAGGAAAGACCUAGGCGGCGCACCAUGGCCCUCACGGCCCACCUGAUGGCCGCCGACGUGCAGCAGCUGCUCCACAACAAGUUCGUGGUCAUCCUGGGAGACUCUGUCCAAAGGGCCGUGUACAAGGACCUGGUGCUCCUGCUGCAGAAGGACCUCCUGCUCACUCCCACCCAGCUCAAGGCCAAGGGGGAGGAGAGCUUUGAACGGGACAAGCUGGUGGACGGAGGCCAGCGGGGCCCCAUGCACAACGGCACCCAGUACCGGGAGGUCCGCCAGUUCUGCUCCGACCACCACCUGGUGCGCUUCUACUUCCUGACGCGCGUGUACUCCAGCUACCUCGAGGCCAUCCUGCAAGAGCUGCAGUCCAGCCAGCACGGGCCCCCGGACGUGAUCAUCAUGAACUCCUGCCUCUGGGACCUCUCCAGGUACGGUCCGGACUCCUGGAAGAGCUACCUGCAGAACCUGGAGAGCCUGUUCGAGCGCCUGGGCCAGGUUCUGCCCGAGUCGUGCCUCCUGGUGUGGAACACAGCCAUGCCCGUGGGCAAGAAGAUCACCGCGGGCUUCCUCCCGACGGAGCACCAGCCUGAGGAUUCCUCCCUGAGAGACAGAGUCAUCGCGGCCAACUUCCACAGCUCUGUGGAAGCGAAGAAACACGGCUUCGAUGUGCUGGACUUGCACUUCCACUUCCGCCACGCGGGGCGCCACCUGCAGCGGGACGGAGUGCACUGGGAUGAGCUCGCGCACCGCCACCUCUCCCAGCUGCUGCUGGCCCACGUGGCCGACGCCUGGGGCGUGGAUCUGCCCCGGCCGUACCCGGUGGGCCCCGGGAUCCGGGAUGGCCCCGCGAGGACCGGACCCGGCCGGGGAGUUGAGCGGCAGCCCCGGGCCAGCCCAGAUCAACCGUCCAUGCCUCCUGCCGGGUACCGCCCCCUGCUCCCACUUCCCCAUCUACCCCCGCCCCCGCCUCCCCUCCUGCCCUUGCCCCCACAUCCUCGCCCUUUUCCCUUUCACCCUGUGAUGACCAGAUUCCUGUUCUGUCCCCGAGAUCACUUCUUUGCCUCAGACCAUCCUUUCCAGUCCGAUCAGUUCUCCUCAAACCAUUUCCAUUCAGAUGUCCCCUCACCUACCCAGACAGGAUUUUCCUUUGAAGAUGAUCCCCAGCCACCCAGGCCCCCUUGCCCCACACCCUACCUGCAGCGAGCCCCUGUGGUUCAUAGGGGGUUUCCCCGGAAUGUACGUCAUGGCCCCUAUGUGCCCUGGGGUUGGCAGCCCAGAUCUUCCAAGAGAGGGGCCCCAUCCCACCCACAGCCAAGGCCUCAAUAAACUGACUUGGGGGCCUUACUCCUCAUGGUGGACAUGGACUGGGCAGAUCAUCUGACUCUCCUGAAACAGCCUGACCUUGUUAACAGAAGCCUUUGGUCCCUGCUUGGACUUCUUUUUGGUCAUUGCUGUUACUAAUAAUGGCCUAGAAGAGCCCUUCAACCAUUUUUGUUGGCUGUGGCCUUUUCCUCCAAUCGCUGGCGGUGACCAAGCGUUAUUCCUGCCUCUCCACUCCCUGUCCUCUUUGUCUUUUUGUAAACCUAAAAUUGAAAUAAAGAAGUAGUUUCACAAAAGUAGUUGUAGAUUUUGCGUGUGUCUGUAUGUAAUGGUGCCUCCCCUUUCCAUUAAAUAAUUAGCUUAAAAAGCAAGGACGGUAUCUGUUGACUUGAGUGUUUAUGGCAUCUACUUGACAAACUAUUCAAAGUGGUAUUUGUCUAAAAUCAUUCUGAGGCUUUCCAUAAAAUAGACCUGAUUCCUUACGAAUAAGCAGAAGAACUUUAAUUUUUUGUGGUCUUUUCCAGAGAUUCUCAAAGACUCAUUGAAUUUUAAAACUGGGAAGACUGGGGGCGCCUGGGUGGCUCAGUCGGUUAAGCGGCCGACCGGCUCAGGUCAUGAUCUCACAGUCCAUGAGUUCGAGCCCUGUGUCGGGCUCUGUGCUGACAGCUCAGAGCCUGGAGCCUGUUUCAGAUUCUGUCUCCCUCUCUCUGAUCCUCCCCCGUUCAUGCUCUGUCUCUCUCUGUCUCAAAAAUAAAUAAACGUUAAAAAAAAUUCUUUUUAAAUAAAAAAUAAAACUGGGAAGACUGAAUAUAUAAUAUUUAACGCAAACAAGGUAACUGCAGCUAAGCAUGGUGAGUAAGUUGUUCUAGGUCACGCAAGAGCCCUCAUCCACCAGUCUUUCCUACUUUAUGGUAUAACUUUCAAACCACAGGACUAAUUUAUACCAACUAAUACCAAACCAAGAAGGACAGGUUACCAAACAUGGUCCUUCUAUGAAAAUGAUGGUGAAAACCCCUCAUAGCUCCAUAACUCCAGAAGUUUAUUGGUCAGGUGUGCAAUGAAUUACAUACGUACACUAGAGUGGAUGGCAUGCUUGUGACUUUAUGAUUUUUUGGACAGUCUUGAGUUCGUGACUUGAGAAAAUUAGAAAAAAGUAAGUUGCAUUCAAUGGCAAUGUCUAUCGCCAUCAUAGAAUAAAACUACCAGUGGGAAGGGAACACGCAGGACACGACUUGGACAGAUGGCCAUGGCCAGCUCUUCUCUGUUUUGUGGGAAUGUUAACAUCACCAAGACUUUAUGUUCUAGGCCCUUUAUCACCCUAGACUAGUGAAGUGUUAGCACUUAGAUAAAAUAGCCCAAACAGGUCAUGACUAACAUUGAAUGAUAGAUUAUUUCAUUGGGUUGAUUUGACUGGUUUAUGAGCCCUCCCCUGGACCAUUCCUGAACUUGACAAGUUCAAAUGUCAGAAAAUGUUAUCCCACAAAAAAUGAAAUUUGUGAAAUCACACACACACACACACACACACACACACACACAAAAAUAGAUGAGAUCAGCUCUCUAUAGAAGAAAUACACAGCAGCUUUUAAUCUACUAAAAAACCAUGAAAUUUGUGGGGAAUAAGACCUUCGUCUUACUUACUUUGUGUCUUAAAUCCCAGCGCACAUGUAUAGCACUUAGUAAGUACUGAAUACUGUUUCUUAAAUAAAUUAGUGAAUGAAUACGGGGUGUAUAAGUCUUCCUGGUGAAACUCACCCAAGUCUCUGACAUCUAAUCACCAUAGCACAUCUGAAGGAAUAUUGCCGAAACAAACACGAUGAUGACAUUCCAGGACUCUAGAAAGGUGGAGUCUGCAUGUCAGAAUUUGCCGAACAUACCAGCAAACUCAGGACAGAGAGUACCUGUCCAACCAAUGUAAAUGUGCUAAUCCCAAGGAGGAGAUUAAUGCACCGGGCUGUAAGAUUUGGUGAAAUUAGCCAUCGAUACGAGUCAGUUGCCUUCUUCUGGCUUCACAUUCCCCAAGCAAGACAAAGCAGUGCUUAGUGAUUUGAGUAAGCUCACUCAUUUAGUAUUUAUGUUUCCAUGGAUAAACAAAUCAGUGGUGUGGUUUAUAUCUCUUAGGAGUCAGGCCAGUGUGUACUAUUCCUCUUUAAUCUGAUCAUACCUGACGAGGCAAGGGGAAUGAGUUCUCACAUAUACAUAUAUGUGAGAGGACCAGACAUACACAGUGCCGAGGACCAGAGACCAGACACUGAAUCAGUGAUGAAUCCACUAUAAUACGACAUGGAUUAAACUGCACCAAGCACUUAACGGUCCUGUUUCUCUCAGAGGAAUAGGAGUGCAGGUAGACUCAAGCAGGGACAAUCUUUUCCUGCCCGGGUGUAUUAAUUUCCUGGGGCUGCUGUAAUGAAAACCACAAACUUGGCGACCUAAAACAACACAUAUUUAUGCUUUUAACAGUUCAGGAGCUCAAAAGUCCAAGCAGAAUUUACCCAGGGUCCCGUGCCAUCCCACAGGAUCAGGCCUCUGCCUACCCCUGCGAUGUCAUUUCUUUGCUGUUCACACUGAGCUUCCUUCUGUUCAUGUUCGACAUGCCAAGCUCUAUCAGAAGUUGAGUCUUUGCCCUUGCUAUUUCCUCUGCCUGGAAUAUUCCAUAUCCCCUGCCCCUGGUUUCUUUGGAUAUCUAACUCUUCAUCCUUCCAUCCACAUUUUCCAAGUAACCUCCAAAGGCCUUUUAGAAUCAUGCCAUCUAAAAGUACCGUUAGGAUCUACCCCGGCACUCAUUCUUUCCUUGAAUUGCUUACCGCCCCCCCCCCCACCCCCCGCCAGCAGUGGCUUUGGUAGCUGGCUGUGUGUUGGCCGCUCCCAUUAGAAAGUAAGCUCUGUUGAGUCUCGUUCACUAUUGAAUCACCAAUGUCUAGUACCACAGUGCCUGGCAAGGAAGGUGUUCAAGUAUGUUUACUUUAGAUAAAUGUUCAAGAACAUUGUUAGUUCACAUUGUGUACUCAUGAGAAUGCAACUUAUAUUAAAAUUGAGCUGUAUAUGACCACUUCUCUUUAGAAAAUGUCUGUAGAAUUCUCCCUUUAUCUAAGUCAUUCUGGGUGGCUGGCACCCUUGAACUUCUUCACCCCCAUGGGAUUAGCCUGACAGCACCUUCAGUGCGAAUUUCAUACAUAACGCCGAGCUUUCUUCUUUGCCUAUUUUUACUUGCUACCUUGCUCCUUAAGUCAAGAAACCUAGCAAUGCAAUCAAGCCAUUGUCUGGGAAGAAGAGCCUAAAUUAUUCAACGGUUAUGAGAAAAAUUAUUGUUUCAUUGUUAAGACUUAACAAUGCAGGAUCCAUUCGGCCUAGUCUCCAGCCUCAAGAAAUGACAGCGCUCGAAGCUUUUUAUACUUGACUCUUGUCUUCUGGAAAAAGGAAAAAAAAAAAAAAAAAAGAGUAAAAUCAAUGAUUAAAUUAACAUUAUCCAAGCAGCCUAUGGUUCUCACCUUA